AUGGCAGGUACUUUGGCACGCAAAGCUGUUGACCAUCUUAAAAGCAAGGAGUUCAGAGAGUAUUUGAUGAGGUAAGACACACUUGGAAGAUCUGGAAGAGAGCUAGCUAACGAGAUCAAUUUUAAUGUAGCGACUAGCAAGCAAGCUAGCUAACAGUAGACAGUUAACGUUAGCUAAAUUAAUUAUCAAACAAAGCGAGCUAGCUAGUUGUAAAUUCGCGUGCAAAUCUGUAGCUAGUGUAACGUUACCACAGUCAACGGUUGUUUGUACAUAUGUUUCUAACGACGUGUCCGGCUUGAAGGACGUUUGAUCUUGAAUGUUGUUGCUAUCACCGAAGCUAACUAGCUGUCAAACUAUCCUGCUGAUAUGUUUCCGGUGAUGUGAGCCCUGUGAGUAUUAUUAGUUAGCCCAGGCAGGCUGUGAAGUGUUGGUUGUUUUUCUUUAGGAAUAGGCAUAUCCCUCUAACCAAAACUCAUUUUGUGUUAUGGCUGUCAUCUUGGUGUCCUCAUGGGAACUUUCAAAAUAAGCACAGUAAGUACUCUCUGUUCAUUGUGUAGGCUAGUUUUGUUUUUGUCUAUUAAAAUCACAGAAUAUUUCGGCUACAUUGACCAUUGCAGAUAUACUCGUCUAUUAGGUAGUUGGUGAGACAGUAUAAUUGCUAUGUCAGCUUGAAUAAAUAUGACCCUUACAUUAACCUUGUUGCUCUUUAUAUUCCUUGUUCCUUAAAAUGUAGUUUUAUACUUAUAUUCCAGCACUUCUGGGGACCUGUGGCCAACUGGGGUCUGCCAAUUGCUGCCAUCAGUGACAUGAAGAAAAGCCCUGAGAUUAUCAGUGGAAGAAUGACCUUUGGUGAGACACCGAUACUGAAACAUAGACACAACACAAUGGCUAAUGUUUAGCUAUAGCCUAACAUUAGGGACACGUUUCUGCCAGGGAUUGAUAGUCACUCUUGUUGAAUAACUCCAGAGUCAUUCCAUUUCAUUUCAGCAAGCCAUGACACCCACCAUCACAAAUUGUUCUGAAAUCAUUUCUGUAGUUAGAAACUGAUAAGAUUAGCAUACCUGCAACAUUAUUUUGUUGAAAUGUAAUUUGAUCUCUGAACAAAUGAAGCUAAUAGGUUUGCACCCAAAUUGACCCUUUUUUAAAUUUAUAGGAUUCACAUAACAUUUAAUAAAUAUAGUACCCAACAUCUGAUAUAGACCAAACUUCAUCCUACUAUUGAGUAAGACUUAAGGAAUACAAUAAAAUGGUUAGGGUUGCUUUUGAUCAUUUUAUUUGAUUCCAAAUGAUUGUCCAAAUCAGAUGUUAGGUACUAUAUUUAUUGGAGAUUAUACGAAUCCUAUACAGUAAUCCCUCGUUUAUCGCGGGGGUUACGUUCCGAAAAUGACCCGCGAUAAGUGAAAUCCGUGAAAUAGAAAACUUUUUUUUUUUACAAUUAGCAACUAUUACAUGUAUACAAAUACAGUGACUCACGUGUAGGCCGUUUCACUGCUCUUCAGACUGGGCCGCUGCAUCCUGACUGCGCUCUGCAGUGUUCUCUUCUUCUGAAGCCCGCGGUGCAGGUGUGUUUGUUCGGGAGAAGAACAUAGUGAUAGGCAGCUGUUGUCGCUCUUUUUUCUUCUUUGCAAAAAGAUCCUUGUACACCGACAUGCCACCAUCGAUUACGUUGGAGAACUGUAAUGAACGGCUCAUCAAAGGGUCCCAUUCCUCAGCUACUCGCUUAAGUUCAGUGGCCAUUCGCACCAUGGUUGCUAAGCGACCAAGCGUUAGUCCUUCCUCCUCAUCUCUCGUGUCCUCUUCUCCCUCUUCUCUUUCAUCGUCGCUUUGUGGCUUUGUCAUUUACCUUCCCUUAGCAUGUCCAGAAGUUUAACUUUAUCUGAGAUAGGUAGCAUCUUCCGCCGUUUGGGCCCAUCCGCAGGUGCUUUUGUCGGUCCAGGCCGUUUCGUCGACAUUAUGGGUUUAGGAGAUGUUCGAAAUUACAAGAUAAUUUGGCCAACUUAAUGUAAAUUUGCCAAGCUGUUUUAUGUACGUACACAUAACUGCACGAGACGACAAAAUGAUAGCACAAUUCGUAGCAUGUUUUGAUACAAGAAGCGGGAGUGAGUUUUUAGCGAAUCAGAAUGCAGAGCACAAUGCACCAAAAAAAAAAAAAUGCAUUAUGAAAAUCCGCGAAAUAGCGAAUCCGCGAUAAGUGAACCGCGAAGUGGCGAGGGAUCACUGUACAUUUAAAAAUGACUGAUCAUCUUCCAGCUUAAUUUCUCUGAGAUCAAAUUAUAUUUCAAUCCCCCCCAAAAAACAGGAAUGCUAAUCUUAUCUGUUUGUAACUACAGAAACGAUUUCAGCCCAAUCUGAGAUGGUGGGUGUCUCAAUCCUGUUUCUUGUGCUUUUUGAGGUGGAAUGACCCUUCAUGCUUUGAUAAUGUAGAAUUACAAUAGUUUAACAUUCUUCUUUGAACUUCAUAAUCCUUUCCUGAAGUCUGACACGAUGCAAGAAAAUGUUGGGUUUCCUGAUAAGGUUGUCCUAAAGAUAUGGACGUUUCAAGUGGCUGUUAAUUCCUUAUAAUUUAUUUUGUGUUUUUUUUUGUGUUUUUCCCCCUGCAGCUUUGACUUGCUACUCCCUCCUGUUUAUGAGGUUUGCAUACAAAGUUCAGCCAAGGAAUUGGCUCCUCUUCGGUUGCCACCUAACCAAUGAGACCGCCCAGCUCAUUCAAGGAUCACGACUUAUCAAAUAC